AGUUAUCCGCCGGCUAUCACUAUUCCGAAGCCGAGUCCUAUUUGGGCUCCAGUGGGUACGCAGGAGGUUGGUGGUGGCGGGCGCGCACGUCCGCCAUCUCAACCUUCAUACCCAGGAUGCAAUGAUACGAUAAUGUAUUCUGCGGGGUCAACCAUUAGUGUUACGACCGGUGCUGGCAACUGUCCUUCGGUUGUGUCCUCUACCGUACCCAUUCUUCGAACUUUCGGCAGUGCGCCUACUACUGUUUCGAAACGGCAAAAUUCUUUUGGUAGCUAAUAGACUUGCGUGAAACUUGACAUGAAAUUGAAAUAUUUGUUGUGUUCUGCAUCGUUUGAAAUCUUUUGUGAACAACUCUUAAGUCACAGAUUGUAAUCAUCAAUCGAGUGAUACGUAAAUGUUAUACAUUACGUAUUAAGGAGAAUAACGUUACAUUAAAAACAUUUUCUGCGCAGAGCAUGUUCUUUUGCGUUGUUGGAAUCCUUUGGAAUGGGGAAUGCAUACAUUGCGGAGUGCUGUGAGCUGACUUAAAAAAUAGAUGCCGGAAUGGCUUCAUGAUAAGAAACACAAAUAAAUUGCUUAAAUGCUGGUAUUGAGGCAACAGUAAAAUGGUGAAAUGGUGUAGGCGAAAACAGAUGAUGAUGUUGAUUGCAUGCGUCGUGUCCCAACUACUAAGGCAGCGAGUGAGAAAUUGAGGGAAUGAAAUAUGACAGCCAGCUGCGGUGAGGGAGAGUGCAGAACAAACAUAAAAAAAAUAAGUUAGGCAUAAAAAUAAACUAUUUAAAUCUAAAAACCACUUCGGCAAGACCUGAGUGAAUUAUGAAUGUAUAAAAAUCGAACAGAAGCAGAAGUAACAGAGGUCAAACAAUGGGGAGCAGCACUGACGAUAUAAUCAAUCGGCAUGUGUUGCAGAGAUUGAAACAUGAAAAAAUGCGAAAUGAGGUAUGAUCGUACUCAAAGUUGAUGAUCGCGGGAAAAGGAGGAAGGUAGGCGAAAUGAUGCACGGCAGAGAGAAGUAAAGUAAUAACGAUCGGCCGAUAAAUAAGUCGAACUAGCACUCUCGGCACCGACGGGAUAUGCAUACAUACACCAAUUCGUGGGGGUAGUGGUGAAGGAAGAAAAAGAAUAAACUACAUUGCGAGUGAAAGCAAAGAGUGAACAUUUAUAGAAAUCCACAUCCAACACACAUAUAAGACAGGCAUCAUUGUACACGCAGCAGAUCCGAGUUAUAUAAAUGUUUCGUUCCACAAAUUACCAUUCUACCCACGAGAGCUAAUCAACUGUUAUCAAUGUUACUACUUGGCCCAUCGAAAGGUAUGAGGCGCGCAUCUGUAUCUAUAGUCGAUCCAUACUGCAGAACAAACAUCGUCAUAGACAUAUUCAUUCGCGAAGAGCGAUUAAUCGCUCAUCAGUUCUUCGUGGGUAGGGUGCACCAUGAAGGAUAAAAUGAGAGGGUUGGAUUUGCCAGGCUCCGUCCGAAAGAGCGGUGCGAAGGUAAGAAGGUCGUGUGUUUGUGUGUACGUGGGCGUGAACUGGGCAAAGUUUACAAUCAAGAGGUCCGUAGGAUCGACCGGAUUGUGAUCUGUGAAACCGACACGGUGGCUGUAAGGAAAGGGUGAGUUAAUGAAGGGGAGGGUGAUGAGGAGAUACAGAGAAAUAUAUAUACACGUGCAUAUAUAUAUACACAUACAUAUUAUACGUAUACAUACAACUACAAAACGUACACACAGACCCGGAGACCAAAAGGGAAACGAUAUCUUAGCACAGAGAGUAGUGAAUGGGUUGGUAUCAUGCGUGCGAUGCGUACUUUCCGAUUACUUUCGAUAAAUCGGUUCAUUGCCUUCUGGAAACUAAGUAGAAAGUAUAUUUUCAAAAAAGAAAAUCAUAAGUAGCUCGGAGUGAGGAACAAGAUUUGGGAAAAUCCCUAACCAAAAGAACGUAGAACAAAAAGAGUAAUGAUGCACCUGCUUGAACGGGCAUUAUGAGUAAAACACUAUGUACGAGAAUGCUCGAGCCUAGAUCGAGGGAAAAGAACAAUAACAUUUCAUCGGUGGCAAAUAAUGUUGGGAAGGAUGCGUAUCCGAGAUACAUUAUUGAAAUCAAUAGGGCAGUGCUACUAGACAUCCUUGGUCCCAACAGAUGAUAAGAGACACAGUGGAAUUAGGUUUUUCUUUGCAUUUAUGACUAACGGUAUAUUGAGGAGGAGGGUAGUGCAUAAGCUAUCUGCCUGCCUAUCAGAUGCCUUUUCAAAUUGUUUUGUCGAAUCCAAUGCUUGCCAUGAUUUGUCUUAUUUCCUGUAUGAUCAUAUUUCCUGUAUGAUCACUUUCGUUGGAUCUCAGCAGUCUACGUGGAUGGAAUGAAUGGAACCAAACACAUAACCAAGGCUUCCUCGUGGAUGCAUUGUCAUCCCGUUUUUUGAAACUUGUUAUCGAGCAGGUUGACCAACUACCGGAAUCCUCGAGAAUCUAUAAUCCCGUAUACAAAUGUGUCAUCCUUUGGAAUGCUUUUACAAAUCAAAAAGAAACAUAAUUCAUUCAGACAUACAUAAGCAUCCGCUGGCUCUUCUUUAGUCCGUAACCUACACAUAACCAAAUGAUCCGAUCGGUCUGCUUCGGGAUGAUACUUUGUUGGUUUUCUGACAUCCCAAAAUUUUCAUCGGUAUUUCAAAGCCUCGGAGAAGAAAAAAUGCUGUCCCUCUGACUUGUUUAAGACACCGAUUUAGAUUUUUUUUGAGAAAUCGACGACCUUAAAUAAAAUCUGCCGACCGUGCGCCUCCAUUACUUGAGUUAAAUUUCCUUCGCUGAUUUGAACAUUUGCAUAGUAAAAAAGCAAGUAUGAGCAAACUGCAAAUUCAUAUGUCGUCAACAUUGGUAGGAAGUGGGCGAAGAGAAGAUAGGGUUAAAUUAUUAUCAUCAAACAACAGAAGAAACAAAAACUAAAUUCGACGUAACUUGCCUCGGAACCGACAGAUCGUUCGUCUAAAACAGAGAACAUAGAUGCCGAUCGGUGAAGGGCUAAAACUAUGUUGGAAAAGAAGAGCAAUGUAAUAAAUAAAGGAUCAUUAUUACUAUUA